AUGCAAGAAGCACACCCCCCACAAGGUCACUCAAUACAAGGCAAGCUAGUGAUCCUAGAACCGAAGAUCCCUUUUCAAGUCAAACUAACAAGAACCCAUCUCUAUCCACCGGAUCGAUUAAUAUUACAGACCGGAAAGGCUUCGCUUUUUGCACAGGGUAAACGUCGUUACGACCGAAAACAAUCCGGUUACGGUGGACAGACCAAGCCUGUGUUCCACAAGAAGGCAAAGACCACCAAGAAGGUCGUUCUUCGAAUGGAAUGCACAGUAUGUAAAUAUAAAAAGCAGGUUGCCUUGAAACGAUGCAAACACUUUGAACUUGGUGGUGACAAGAAGACAAAGGGUGCUGCUCUUGUGUUUUAA